AGCCGCGCUCUUGCGCAGCCGCUGUUCCCAUGGCUACUCGGCGUGCCGAACUUUUUCACUUGCGAAGGGAGGCGGUCAUCCUGCGCGUGCUCGUUCGCACCGUUUUCAACCACUUGCCUCCAGAGAGCGGCUUGGGCCGAGUGCACAAGGUGUGUCGCACCCUUCGACGUCUUCUUUCGCGGUCGCGACACGAGUCCCUAGUGGGCCGAGCAGUCGCGGACUGCGAGUUAGCUGCCGCGUACCUAAUGCAGCGAAUGCGAAACGGUCACCAACUCGAGACUCUUCUGCUGCUUCUCGCGUCCAUUGCGCGCGUACGCAGCCUCUGCCAGCGGCUGGUCAAGGAGCCACGGGGCGACCAGGACGACGCUUCCAAGCUAAAGCGUCUGUACCGCCGCUUGCUCAAGAACGGUUGCGAGAAGCCGCCACUGAAACGCGCGGUCCUACGCGCGCUGCGUUCCGUACGCGCGGGUCGCAGUACCGUCGCCGAGGAGGCACGAAAGAUGCGCGCUCUGUGUGGUGUGUGAACCGGCGAGCCGACGUUUUAAACCUGAACUUGUUCCUCCGGACUGUUGUUUUGCAGUGUCGGGGAGAGGUGGUAUGCCGGGUCGCGCGCUGCUGAUCACCGCCGGCUGGUUGACGUUCAUCUACUGGGGUUGGCUCAAGAUCGCCCGCAACGAGAUGUUCGUGCCCGCCGACGAGAGGAAGCCUCUGCCGCACGAACUGCUGUACAACUACGUCACCACCGGCCACUGGGACGGCAACACCGAGUCGGCCGAGCCGAGUGGCGACAAUAAAGGAAAGAAGGAGGCGUG